UAAGAAGCUUUCGUAAGCACAAGCCCAUCUGGCCCAAAAUGGACUCAAGUACAACAUAGUCAUCGUCGCCGGGAAAUAUGUCAGUUAUUGCCGUUGGAUCAUUCCUCCCGCCACCGCCGCCGUACCGGAGGAUCAAGCCUCGCUUCACGACCAUGGUGUCUCUCCGAUCCGACGCUGUAUCGGUUGCAGAAACAAGCAGCAUAUUGAGGAAGCUGAAGGAAGAGUGCGCCACGCCUCUUCCCGUACUUCGUCAAGUGGCGGAUGCCAUGUCAGCUGACAUGAGAGCUGGCCUCGCCGCCGCACACGGCCUUCCCAUGAUACCCUCCUUCGUUGAGGAUCUUCCCACUGGGAAUGAGAAGGGAUUGUUCUAUGCUUUGGACCUUGGUGGAACCAACUUCCGUGUGCUGAGGGUGCAGUUGGGCGGAAACAAUGAGCGUGUCGUCGCCACCGACUUCGACCAAGUGUCCAUACCUCCUCAGCUUAUGUCUGCUACAUGUGAGGAGCUUUUUGAUUUCAUUGCUUUAGGACUAGCAAAACUCGCGGCAAAAGAUGAUGGUAGAUUCAAUUUGUCGCCUGGAAAGAAGGGAGAAAUCGGGUUCACGUUUUCAUUUCCAGUGAGGCAGACAUCUAUUGACUCCGGCAUACUAGUCAAGUGGACCAAAGGUUUUGCAGUCAGUGGAGCAGCAGGAAGAGAUGUGGUUGCUUGUUUGAAUGAGGCUAUGGAGAGGCAAGGACUAGAUAUGCGAGUCUCUGCUCUGGUGAAUGAUGCUGUGGCAACAUUAGCUGGAGCAGAAUAUUGGGACAAUGAUGUUGCAGUUGCUAUCAUUUUAGGUACCGGAACCAAUGCCUGCUAUGUUGAGCAAAUUGAUGCCAUUCCUAAGUUACAAGGUCAUGUCUCCUCUUCUGGGAAAAUGAUUAUUAGUACAGAGUGGGGAGCAUUCUCAAAACCUCUCCCUUUAACUGAGUUUGAUAGAGCAAUGGAUGCUGCUAGUAUCAACCCUGGUGAGCAGAUCUUUGAAAAGACAAUCUCAGGAAUGUAUCUAGGGGAAAUUGUGAGACUAGUGCUUCUGGAAAUGGCUGCAACUGGUGAAUUGUUUGGGAAAUCAAUCCCAGAAAAUUUAUAUACGCCUUUCAUACUUGGGACCCCAGAUCUAUGUGCCAUGCAGCAGGACAAGUCAGGUGAUUUACAAGGCGUUGGGUCCCUCCUCUAUGAUAAAGCAAGAGUUGAGUCCACUUUUAGUGCAAGGAAAACCGUUUUAGAGGUUUGUGACACAAUUGUGAAGCGGGGUGGAAGCUUAGCAGGUGCAGGAAUUGUGGCGAUUCUGCAAAAAAUGGAGGAGGAUUCAAAAGGAGUGAUCUUUGGAAAGAGAACAGUUGUGGCCAUUGAUGGAGGCUUAUAUGAAAAUUAUCCUCAAUACAGGACAUAUAUGCAAGAUUCGGUCAAAGAGCUCAUAGGAUCAGAGAAGUCAAACAAUUUGGUAAUUGAACAUUCAAAAGAUGGAUCUGGCAUAGGUGCUGCUCUUUUGGCAGCUACAAACUCCAUGUACAAGCAUGACUUCUAGAACCAUUUGUCUUUUACAACAAUAAUCAAACCUUGUUUCACUUGAUAAGUUCGACUACGUAGAUUAAAUGAAUCCAAAAUAUUCUAUCACAAAUCAUAUUUGUUGAAUGUACACCUCAACGAAUUUUAUGGUAGGAGCAUGUAUCAGAAAAAUAAAAAUAUUUGUAGUUCAAGUAAAAUAUUAUUUCUUUAACUGUUGGAACUGUUUGAAUAAGCAUUGAGCUAAG